UCCUUGCGCUACUUCAGACUUGUUUCGCUAGCUUAGAACAUUAAACAAACAAACAUGGCUGUGCAAUAUUAUAACCACAUUCUGAUACUACAGAUGUCUACAUCACAUAGACGUUUAAAGAAGAGAUAUGCAACGAUCGAUUAACAGCGAUGUGGAGUAGAAAGCCGCGCAUCAAUAGUUGACUAUUUCUCAAGGUGAGCUAGCUUGGCGAGGCUUUUUCUGGACGUUUUGCAGCUAGCUACCGAUGUAGUUGGCUAAGUUAACUGAACAAUAUGGACCUUGGAACAAUGUUGUACAACAACCUGAAGGAUGUUCCGUGGAGCAACACUUCACUGCCGUUAGAUCAACUCGUCAGUUCUUACAGAUUGCCUCAAAUUGUGAAGCUGGAUCAAGGCGAGUCAGUGGAAGGACUACGGGACAACGACUACCUCUUACUUCAUUCCUGCCGUCAGUGGACCACCAUAACGGCUCACAGCCUUGAAGAGGGACAUUAUGUUAUUGGUCCAAAAAUAGAGAUCCCAGUUCAUUAUGAAGGUCAGUUUAAGUUGCUGGAGCAGGACCGAGACAUCAGGGAACCGGUGCAGUACUUCAACAGUGUGGAGGAGGUGGCCAAAGCUUUUCCUGAAAGGGUCUACGUGAUGGAAGACAUUACGUUCAACGUUAAGAUGGCGUCGGGUGAGUGCAACGAGGACACGGAGGUGUACAACAUCUCCCUGAGCACGGGGGACGAGCUCACCCUGAUGGGCCAGGCGGAGAUCCUCUACACCAAGACCUCCCGGGAGAAGUCCCGCUUCAACACCAUCUUCAAGAAGAUCGGCAAGCUGCACUCCAUCGGCCGCGUCGGGCGGGGCAAGAUGCCCUGCCUGAUCUGCAUGAACCACCGCACCAACGAGAGCGCCAGCCUGCCCUUCCAGUGCAAGGGGCGCUUCAGCACCUGCAGCCCGCUGGAGCUGCAGAUGCAGGAGGGCGAGCACACCAUCCGCCACAUCGUGGAGAAGACGCGGCUGCCCGUCAACGUGGCGGUGCCCAGCGGGCCGCCACGCAACCAGCACGACCUGCACCACAUCCGGCAGGGCCACCGCUACAAGCUGGUCAACGUGCAGACCAAGACGGUGGUGGUGUGCUGCGUGCUGCGCAGCGACAAGAUCAUGCCGGUGCACUUCCCGCUGCACGCCGCCGUGCCCCGCUGCGCGCUGCCCGAGGGCUUGCUGCACGGCGAGCUGUGGCUGGACACCAUGGUGCACCGCUGGUUCACCUUCUGCCAGGAGCAGUUCCACAUCGACGACUACUCGCGGGCCGUGCGCGACGUGCGCACGGACUGGGGCAACGACGAGGGCAAGAGCCCCAAGAGGAGCGGCGGCAGCGGCGGCGGCAGCGCGGGCAGCAUCGGCGGCAGCGUGGGAAGCGGCGGCGGCGGGAGCGGCGGCAGCAACGGCGGCAGUUGCCCCGCCCCCACGCAGCCGCCCGGCUCGCUGACGUACGCCCGGGACGAGCUGACGCAGUCGUUCCACCGGCUGUCGGUGUGCGUGUACGGCAACAACCUGCACAGCAACAGCGAGGUCAACCUGCAGGGCUGCGCCAGCCUGUGCGGCGACUGGGCCCUGCUGCCGUCGGACAGCGUCCCCGUCGACCAGGCGGACCAGGCGGACCAGUACUUCACCGAGCUGAUGGAGAGCACCAGCCCGGUGCAGCAGCCGGCGCCGGCGCCGCCACAGCCACAGCCCGCCCCGAAGUCGGACGUGCCCUACGAGGAGCUGUGGUUGGACCACCUCAAGUCCCGCAUGGCGCAGCCGUCGCUGAGCGAGGGGUCGCGGGGCGGCGGGAACAACAACAACGCCGGCGGCAGCGGGGCAACGGUGGGCCAGUCCUACCAGCCCGCCUGUUCUCUGGGACCAAUCGCCACCUCUGAUUUGUGUCAAUCCCCGCCCCCCGUCCCGCCCAAGUCGGAGGCUGUGAAGGAGGAAUGUCGCCUCCUGAACGCCCCGCCCAUUCCUCCGCGGACCGCAAAGCAGGUGCCGGCGCUGCCCGCCGUGUCCAAGCCCCGGCAGCAGGAGACCCGCUCCCCCAGCCCCACCCUGUCCUACUACUCAUCAGGCCUGCACAACAUCGGCGGGCGUGACGGCGAGGCGAGGGAGGCCUUGGAGCAGGGCCCGGCGUGCUGCCCCUGCAGCUGGGCCGAGGCCGAGGCCGGCGCCGCCUUCACCUGCGGCAGCCUGCCGCUGCAGGGCAUGUCCUCCAGGCUGUCCUGGCCCAACGCCUUCAGCACCGCCGGGACCCGGGCCGGAGAGGGGCCCGCCGGCCGGAGCUACUACAGCUUCCCCCGCAAGAGGUCCCUGGGCGCCCCGAAGACGGCCAGUCUGCUGGACCUCGACGGGCGGGGGACCCCCCUGCGCUCGCGGACGGCCUGCAGCAAGUCCUCCAGCUGCACCUCAGGCACCUGCGGGGACAAGCCCAUGGACGCCUUCACCGCCAAGCAGAGCCUCUCCUGCCCCAUCCUGCCCCCCAGAACCUCCAAAUCAAAGCGGGGGCCCGAGGCGGGCUCGGAGCGCGACCCACGGACCCCACAGCGGCCCCUCAGCCAGGACGAGCAGGGCACGCCGCCGGAGACGUUCGGCGUGGCGUGUUCCCCCACCUCCGGCUGCUGCCUGUCCCCUGCGGCGGCGGCGGCGGCGGCGGCGUGGGAGCCCCCGGCCAGCCUGGCGGGCCUCUCCGUGGAGGAGGUCUCCCGCUCGCUGCGCUUCAUCGGCCUGACGGACGACGUGGUGGCGCUGUUUGGGACGGAGAAGAUCGACGGGAGCCUGCUGCUGCAGCUGACGGAAGAGAUUCUGUCGGAGGACUUCAAGCUGAGCAAGCUGCAAGUCAAGAAGCUCAUGCAGUUCAUGAACGGGUGGAGGCCCAAGAUAUAACGCAGCGGUACGACUCGAGAGCGGGCGGGGUCGAUUGUGUGUCACGCCCCCAGUAUGUACGCUACGCACACCGGCUUAAGUUAAUUUGCCGAGCUUUUGGUGUCGCCUGGGUUCCUGGGAACGGCAGCUAGAGCGGAGCCCCGUCGGUCCAACAGGGGGACCUGCUACAACGGUACCUGAAUCCAACCCGUUGGCACUUUCAUGGAGGCUCUGUGUCUGUUACUUGCUCCUCUGUCCCCGUGGCCCUUCAGCGGUUGCUGUGGAAAAACCGAUGAGUUAAUGGUACUGAACUGACGUGGGGGGAGGAUAAACAAAGACUAGCUUUGUUGGGGCAUUGUCCGAUUUUUGUUCUUAAACGGGAAUACCACUGACGUCAAAGAUUUGUGUGAACCGACAAAGCUUAAUAUAUAUAUUGUAUAACACAGACAGACGGCCCCUUAAUGUUGCACCUUAUGUACACACAAGCGUGUGAUACGGCUCUUUUAGUGGCGUAACAAGUAUUAAUGGAGAAACUGACAUUUUCCCCCCAACAUGAGGCACACGCAGGUUAGUUUAGCAACCAAGUCCCAGUAUCAUUCGAUACUACUACUUAUAUUAACAGCA